AUGGUGCGGAUGAGUGUAUUGGCUGAUGCUUUGAAGACUAUUAAUAAUGCAGAAAAACGUGGUAAACGACAAGUCUUGAUCCGACCCUGUUCUAAAGUAAUAGUACGAUUUUUAACCGUAAUGAUGAAAGCUGGAUAUAUUGGAGAGUUUGAAAUUAUUGAUGAUCAUAGAGCAGGGAAAAUAGUUGUUAACUUAACUGGUCGGAUCAACAAAUGUUCUGUAAUCAGUCCUCGUUUUGAUAUAUCUUUGAAAGAUCUAGAAAAAUGGACAUCCAAUCUUCUUCCUUCACGCCAGUUUGGACAUCUUGUGUUGACAACAUCAGGCGGAAUAAUGGAUCAUGAAGAAGCAAGAAGGAAACAUCUUGGUGGAAAAAUACUUGGAUUUUUCUUUUAG